AUGGCUGUGUCUAAGAAUGCAGCUGGAUAUAGUGGUUUGACAGAAGAUGAGGAGAAGCGGCUGAAAGCACUGUUGAAUAAGGUUCAGCAGGCUCCGAAGGCGUCUGGUGGAUCAGCAAUGACUAUUGCUUCCAAGCGUUUGAGGGGAGAGAGUGAUUCGGACUUUGAAGCAGUUGGAUCUCCAACUACUCCAAGUGAGCUCUUCCGAAGUGAAGAUCGCAAGGAGGUUCCAUUGCCAAAGAAUUGCACUCUGAAGGAGUGGUCUCACACGGUGUGCCAGCUUCCGAAAGUCAAUGGUGAGCCGAAGUGGAACGGAAAGACUUAUUCUGAACUGCUUAGGAUGGCUAUUGACGGUGACAUUGAGCUGGACAAGUAUCUGGGAUUCAUUUUCAAGACGUAUCAUGGGUCCUAUGAUGGAACUCACAAGUCUCAAGCCGUGGACUUGGCUGG